AUGAGCGAGGCAUCCUCGCUGGACGAUGACAGUUGGAUCUCCAAGUCGAAUUGGCAUCGUCCCGACGGCACGGGCAGCAGUGACCAAGACAAGCUGUCCUUGCGCUACUUGGAUGAGUUUGUCGGGGACUUGACUUGCUCGGCGCAAAUGCUGGCGUGGGGGCUCUUCCCCGACGCCAAGGAAGUGUCGGAGACGAUGGGAGUAUUCAAUGCCGUUCGUAAGCUGGGUCUCCACGAGAAGGACACCGCGCCACCUGGAGUUCACGAUGGCAUUGUGAUUGUGGGCGACGGCGUCACACCUCGCACGGCGGCCAUGUUUGCCUACCGAACCAAGGGGUGGACAUGUUAUAGCGUCGAUCCCAUCAUGAAAGUGUCCACGAGCGAUGCACAAGUGCCUUGGGACGGAGGAGCGCUGGCCAACGUUGUGUCUGUUUGCGACAAGAUUGAAAACAUUCGCAUUCGCUUGCGUAAGGCUAUCGUGGUGCUAGUGCAUGCGCACGUGACCAUCGAGCAAGCCAUGGUUGCCAUCGAUGCCACCGAAGUGGUGGCUGUGUUGACACUGCCUUGUUGCAACUGGUAUGGCCGCCAAGAACGGUAUCUUGAUCGGCAUCCAGACAUUGUGUACGACGACUUGAGCAUCCUGUCCGUGCACCGAGAGAUUCGAGUGUGGGUAGGUACCCCAUCCAAAGCGCUUAUUCCGAGCCUGGCAGCCCUUGGGCGUUGUGUGUUUAAAUCGUACUCGGCGCCAGUAGCUAACCCGACGUCCGUCGCCCGAGCCUUCUUGUCGCUCGUUUUGCAACAAUCAGUCGACUUGUCCACGUCGACGACGGAGUACGUGGCAGCGUACUGUGUCGAGCAUUUCCACCCGUCCAGUCGUGUGGGGGUGAUCGGAAGACACGAUGGGCUCGUGUCGGCCUUGACCAGUCGUGGCUUUACCGCGAUUCAUUCGAUCGAGUCGGAUUAUGUGGAACAAGGCAGUUUGUCAACGGUGUUCAACGUUGUGCUCGAUUGCGGCAGUUUGCACUUGGCAUUAAACCGCACGGAAAAGACAAAGUCGGGCAAUCUCGUGGGCAGUCUGUGCCAGCUGUGGCAGUCUUGGCUUGACGAGGACAUUCAUCCCACUGGCCAGAGUGGUGCGGUGGUUGUAGUCUCGAGCCGUCGCAUGCUUCGGAGCAGCAAGUUCCUCAACCGGCCUGCACUCAACUGGGCUUCCGUGGUCACGACGCCAGUAUGCAGUUCGCCCACGUUCAUCUACCACUGCAAACGAAACCUCAAAGGCGACUCGGCGGACGGUGGAGAUGCGACGAUAUCCCCUUCGAUGGACCAAGUUUACGCCGCCCUCUCCAGCCAGUUUAACGCCACUUCUGGAGAUCCCGCGGUCUGCAGUGCUACUGGAAAAGUGACGCGGGUGCAAACUUUGCACGUCAACUUGUCGUUUGUGGACUUGGAAGCGGAAGACGGUGCGACGACGUUUGUGUUGCUGCGACGCGGUUCGCUCCCUCAGGACCAGGCGUUCUCCAUGCCACGGGCUCUGAUGCAGCACCUUCAACUAGGGGACGUCCUUCAAGUCACGGGAACGCCCGAACCCACGAAAAAUGGGUCGUCGGUGGUCGUGGCGUCGGCGGUGCGCGUUGUGCAGUGGGUGUCGCGUGACACGUUGGUGUACUUCAAUUACAAUUGA